GUAAGCAUUUCAGCGUAUAACAUGGACAACGACUGCAGCAUAUGUAACGAAAGAGCCAAUCGUGACAUGCUGUUUGCGGAUUCAGAACGAUCCUACAAGACAAAACGUCCUUUGUGUCUUCUUUAUGUUCUCCUGGUACUAUCCUACAUUCUGAUCCUAGCUCUCUUCAUAACUGUUUUAUAUAAGACCACGAGUGACAGUUCUCAGUCACAAAGCAGCAGUGCUCAGCUCAGAGAUCUGACUGAUAAAGUUUUGGCUGAAGCCAACAGCACCAGGAAUGCAGAAGUAAAAUUAAAGGAGAAUAAAUUCAACAUAGAUGUUCUAAAAAAUGAAGUUCAACUGAUUGGGAGCAAAAGUGAAAAAUCCAACAUGGACUUCGAGAAAUUAGCAAUUCAAGUGGCUGACAUUAGGGCACAGCUACGUGACCUGGAAAUAUCAUCCAAAAAUAUCUCUUGUAAAGUCGAUUGGGAAUUCUACAGGGACAGCUGCUAUUUCUUCUCCACAUCAAAGCAUGAUUGGUCAGAUGCUAGGUCUAUGUGUAAAGACAAAGGGGCUGACUUGGUUGUAAUUAACAGUAGAAGUGAGCAGAAAUUCAUCAAUAGCAUUAUUGCCGACAGUAGUGAAAAAAGAUUUUGGAUAGGCCUACAUGAUAGAUCUACGGAAGAUGAUUGGGAAUGGGUGGAUGGAACAGUCUACCAAUCGUCAUACAAGAACUGGGGCCCAGGGGAACCAAAUGAUGCAGAAUACAAUGAAGAUUGUGCUCAUGUCCAGGAAAUAGGAUCUUGGAAUGAUAUGAAUUGUGACUACAGCCAAUUUAAUGCCAUUUGUGAGCAAAAACUCUCAGCUUGAAGAAACGUGUGAAAGCUAGAUGUAAAAUGUGUUGGUAAGGCUAUCACAACCAUGCAUAGUUAUGGCAUACUUAGAAAUAUGGUUCUGUAGGCAUCUAACCUGUCUUAUGGAAAAUCUACACUGGUCCACCUUUAUGCAGAGCUGUAACUACUAGGGCUCUUGUUGCAGAACCAUAAUCAGAAGUCUCACCCUAACAUCACAUCUUCUGCCUUGCCCUUUCAUGCCUAUGUUCUACUAAUGACCAUGCAUCCUACAUCAGUAUUUUUUGCUCUUUGUGGAGCCUUGAUUAUGAGUUUGGGGCUGUAUAUUUCCACUCUAUGUUUAAACUGAAGAACAAUUCAAAUUCUGUUUUUUGACUUUUUUUGAAAUUACUUCUGAAAUCACAAUCCUUUACAAGUCAUCUUAUUUGAAUGCUUCAUUCAGUCCCCAGUUAUCUGAUUUCUUUCUCAAAAAUAACCCGCACAUUUCAUUUUUUUAUGUAUCAAUCACCUACAGUUCUAUGGCUUGAGGAGAAAACUAUUAUUAUAAUAUUAUAACAACAAGCAUAUUGCAUUACGACAAAAAAACCCAACAAAUUACACAGUUGCAUAUAAGUCGUUAGUGACUAUGACAUAUGUAGUUAUUACAAUCAAUACAGUACUUUAUUUGUUUAUGCAGGAGCGAUUAAAUGGCCCUUAUCGUUCAUGGAAUCUAAAGUAAAUUAAUGAAGCUCUUAAUGUUUGUUGAUUAUAUUGUCGGAUUAGAUUAUGUGGGCUAUACUUACAUGUAUGAAUGCGAUUCUGAAUUUCUUUAUCUAUUUCUUGCAUGUGUAAUACUAUUCGUUAUUUUAAUUCUGAAUAAAAAUGCCAAAUAAAAAAAACUACAAUUCAAUACUAA